AGAAUGGAGACAAGAUUCAGAGGUUGAGGAUGGGGUGUCCUGGUGGACUGAAGGUAGCCUACUAGCUCUACAUGGGUGACAACUUGAAACUUCAGAACCCUGAAGUUUAAAAAAUUCUAAAGGUGCCUGUCAUCUCAGAGAGUGACGUAAGUGUUCUUUCUUUAUUUGGGGGAAGUCCAGGAGAACAUAUUACAGACAUGUUUAAUCUACAUGCAUUAGAUGUUCCUGCUGUAAUUUUUGACAGUGGUUCAGGACUCUGCAAAGCAGGCCUGUCUGGAGAGAUUGGACCCCGCCAUGUCAUCAGCUCUGUCUUGGGACAUUGUAAAUUCAAUGUGCCUUUAGCAAGACUUAAUCAGAAGUACUUCGUGGGGCAAGAAGCCCUGUACAAGUAUGAGGCCCUACAUUUGCACUACCCCAUUGAGCGUGGACUGGUAACAGGAUGGGAUGACAUGGAGAAACUCUGGAAACAUCUCUUUGAGCGGGAGCUUGGAGUAAAACCCAGCCAACAGCCUGUACUUAUGACCGAGCCCUCUUUGAAUCCUAGGGAAAUUCGAGAAAAGCUAGCAGAAAUGAUGUUUGAGAACUUCAGUGUGCCUGGUUUCUACCUGUCUAAUCAUGCGGUGGCAGCGCUCUAUGCCUCUGCCUGUGUCACAGGCCUGGUGGUGGACAGUGGAGACGGGGUCACUUGCACUGUCCCCAUCUUUGAGGGUUACUCCCUGCCUCACGCAGUCACCAAACUCUGUAUGGCAGGGAGGGACAUCACAGAGCACCUCACCCGGCUCCUCUUUGCUAGCGGGUUUAACUUCCCUUGCAUACUCAACAAGGCCGUGGUAAAUAACAUCAAAGAGAAGCUGUGCUACAUCGCCUUGGAGCCAGAGAAAGAGCCACGCAAGAGCCGGGGAGAGGUCCUGGGAGCAUACAGACUGCCAGAUGGACAUGUCAUCCACUUUGGGGAUGAGCUGUACCAAGUGCCCGAGGUUCUUUUUGCACCUGACCAGCUGGGCAUCCACAGCCCGGGACUCUCAAAAAUGGUCUCCAGCAGCAUCAUGAAGUGUGACACUGACAUCCAGAAUAAACUUUAUGCAGACAUUGUACUCUCCGGGGGCACCACUCUCCUCCCUGGGCUGGAGGAAAGGCUCAUGAAGGAAGUGGAACAGCUGGCUUCCAAAGGUACUCCCAUCAAGAUCAUGGCUUCUCCUGAUAGAUGCUUCUCUGCAUGGAUUGGUGCAUCCAUCAUGACCUCUAUGAGCAGUUUCAAGCAGAUGUGGGUCACCUCUGCAGACUUCAAGGAGUAUGGGACAUCUGUGGUUCAAAGAAGGUGCUUUUAAAGAUCCUUGAGCAGAGGAGACAUCUUGAAGUGCCAGAUUACAGGAGUACCAGUGGGAGAUGGCAUUUUCUUCUGGGCUUCAGCAUGAUGUUGAAUAAAAGUUUUGCCAUUUCAA